AUGUACUACAGCAGCGGCAACUAUGAAGCCUUCGCUCGGCCACGCAAGCCAAAAGACGUCGACGACAAGACGGCAUGGUUUAUCGGGUCGGGUCUCGCCUCCUUGGCUGGAGCAGCUUUUCUGAUACGCGAUGGUCACAUGCCGGGCAAGAAGAUCACGAUACUCGAAGAGCUCGCCAUCCCCGGGGGGGCGUUGGACGGCAUCGACGAACCUGAGAAGGGAUUUGUUAUUCGCGGCGGUCGGGAGAUGGAGGACCACUUCGAAUGUCUUUGGGAUCUCUUCCGGUCGAUUCCCUCACUGGAGAUCGAGGACGCAUCAGUGCUAGACGAGUUCUACUGGCUCAACAAGGACGACCCUAACUACUCGUUGCAGCGGGCGACCAUCAGUCAAGGCCAAGACGCACACACGGACGGUUUGUUCGGUUUAAGCAGUAACGGACAGAGGGAUAUCCUUCACAUCUUCAUGACACCACGGAAAGAGCUCGAAGGCAAGCGCAUUAGCGAAGUCGUUGGCAGCAACUUCCUUCAGAGCAAUUUCUGGAUGUACUGGCGGACGAUGUUUGCGUUUCAGGAAUGGCAUUCAGCAUUGGAGUUCAAACUGUACCUCCAUCGCUUCAUUCAUCAUAUUGGCGGGUUGCCCGACUUCACGGCCCUGAAAUUCACAAAGUACAAUCAAUACGAAUCACUUGUCCUGCCGCUCUGCAAAUGGCUGGCCGACCGCGGGGUGAAGUUCCAAUACAAAACAAAAGUCCUAGAUGUAGACUUUUCACUUACCGGCGGGACGAAGCAAGCUACGCGCGUUCAGUGGAUGAAAGACGGUGAAACAGGAGGUGUUGAUCUCGGCCCCAAAGACAUGAUAUUCAUGACCAUUGGCUCUUUGACAGAGAACACCGGCACGGGGGACCAUCACACAGCUGCCAAAUUGAACGAAGGACCAGCACCAGCAUGGGAUCUGUGGCGGCGCAUAGCAGCGAAAGAUGCCGCCUUCGGCAGGCCAGACGUCUUCGGCUCGCAUAUUCCCGAGUCAAAAUGGCAGUCGGCAACAGUGACCACGAUGGACGAGACCAUCCCGAGGUACAUCCAGAAAAUUUGCAAACGCGACCCCUUUAGCGGCAGAGUUGUGACUGGUGGGAUCGUAACGGUAAAAGAUUCCAGCUGGCUACUCAGCUGGACGGUCAACCGCCAACCGCACUUCAAAAAGCAACCGCCCAAACAGAUUGUGAUCUGGCUGUACUCGCUUUUCGUCGACGUGCCCGGUGAUUUCAUCAAAAAGCCCAUGCAAGACUGCACAGGUGAAGAAAUCACACAAGAAUGGCUCUACCAUCUCGGCGUGCCGGUGGAGGAUAUCCCGCGACUGGCAGCCACGGGCGCCAAUUGCGUGCCGGUCAUGAUGCCGUAUGUCACGUCCUUCUUCAUGCCCCGGCACGCAGGUGAUCGGCCGGACAUAGUGCCGGACGGGUCGGUCAAUUUCGCGUUCAUAGGGCAGUUCGCGGAGACGACGCGCGAUGUUAUCUUUACGACUGAGUACUCUGUCCGUACAGCAAUGGAGGCUGUGUACCAAUUGCUCGAGAUAGAGCGCGGAGUCCCCGAGGUGUUCAACUCGACGUAUGAUAUUCGCACAAUUCUCGCUUCGAUGAGCAAGUUGCGCGACGGCAAGGAGCUAGACGCACCAUUGCCAGAAUUCCUGAGGAGCUGGAUCGCGCAAAAAAUGGACAACGAGGCCGGGAAUCUUCUCAGGGAUAAUCAUUUGAUUUGA